AUGAAGUGGGAGUCAUUCUUUUUGACGGCCAUCACCGCUGGCUCGGCCAUGGCUGGAGCGCAUCAUGCACACGAGCAUGCUCAUCGUCGUCACCGUCUUGCUCAUAAUGCAGAAUUGAAGGCUAGAGAGGUUGACGCCCAGGACGACCCGGCGGUCAGCACCAAGACUAUCGUCAACCUCGAGGUCGUCACCAUGUACACUACUAUCACGCGACACAAGCCAACUACCACUGUGGCAGCCGCAGAGACUUCCACAGCUGACAGGCAGCCGCUCGCAAGCAUCAACCUCGACGUCGCUGUGAACCUUCUGGAUGUUCUUUCGGCCACCACCAGCACAGCGACUACGUUUAGCACUAGCACCAGCAGCGCCGCAGUGUCUGCUGCGACCAGUAGCUCCGGCAACAGCGUCAGCUGGACCUCCACCCCUUCCAAUGGCGUGUACUCGACCUCUGGUUUUGGCCAACGCACCAGCUCCUCCGGCUCAGGAAUCGAGUACAUCGGCAACGUCGGCAGCCCCUGGGGCAGCAACAUCAUCGAGGUGACUGCCUCCACAGCCUCACAGUACAAGUACGUCGUGAAAUUCACCGGCAGCAACACCAACAACUGGUUCGUCUCGAUCUGGAACAAGAUUGGCCCCGACGGUAAGCUGGACGGGUGGUACGGCCACUCGGCGCUCAAUUUCACCCUUGCGGCUGGCCAGACCAAGUACGUCGCAUUUGAUGAGAACUCGCAGGGCGGAUGGGGUGCCGCUGCGGGCAACUCGCUGCCGACGGAUGAGUACGGCGGGUAUGCCUGUACCUGGGGCGAGUUUGAUUUUGGGAAUACCGGCAACGCUAAGUGGUCUGGGUGGGAUGUGUCGGCCAUCCAGGCGCAGAAUGCGGGUCUGACGGUGCAGGGGAUGAGGAUCUGUGAUCAUAAGGGGGGCGAUUGCUCGUAUAUCACGACUAAUGCCGCCAAGGUGGUGAAUGCGUACACGGCGGCGGAGGCGUCUGUGGAUGGUAUCGGGGGUAGUGUGAGUGCCGGCGCGGUGAGAUUGGUGGUUGAUGUGGAUUACAGUGGUUGA